AUGAAAUUGCUGAUCCUAUUAAGUUGCUUCUUUGGGAUCUCAUCUUGCCUAGAAGAAUUUAUUAAAUGGAACCAAAUUGAGUAUGAAAAUCUUCCAGAAACCGGGAAUUUCCCAUUCAUCCAAUACAACAAUGUUCCUCAAGGGUUUGCGCCAUACAAAGAUAAAAUCUUCAUUGCCGUGCCUCGAAGGAAUCAUGGAAUUCCAUCAACAUUAAAUUAUGUCAAGCUAGAACAUGGAAAGGAUGUAUACACCAAUCCAAAACUUCAAAGCUAUCCAAACUAUGAGACAAAUGAAUUGGAUCCAUCAAAUCAAGCAAAUCCCAACCGAAUCAUAUCAGUCUACCGUCCACGAGUUGAUGAAUGUGAUAGGCUUUGGUUUGUGGAUAGCGGUGUAAUUAACACAAGUGGUAAUCUAUCAAUCAUCCAACGACCAUCAAUUUGGGUAUUCGAUCUUAAAACUGAUCAACUUGUAAAGCGAUUUGAAAUUCCUGAAAAUGUGGUUCGUGAUGGUCUUGGUCUUGCCAGUAUUACUGUUGAUGUCAUCGAUUGUAAUGGAAAUUCUUUUGCGUACAUCCCAGACUUGCUGAAUUCGCAAAUGAUAAUUUACAACUUACAAGAUGAUAAAGCUUAUCGCAUGCAGCAUAACUACUUUCGUAUGAAUCCUUUCGAAGGAGAUUUUGAUGUUGAUGGACUUCAAUUUAGCUGGGAUGAUGGAAUAUUCUCGAUUACUUUGUCAAACAUAGAUAACGAUGGGUAUAGAACUGCUUAUUUCCAUCCAAUGAGCAGUUUCUCUGAAUUUGCAGUAUCAACUAGUGUAUUGAGGAAUGAAACUUUGGCAUCUCGUGGAUAUCAUGGAAAUGACGUUAAACUUGUUGGCAAUCGUGGCAAAAACACACAGAGUACAAUGCACUCAUUUCAUGCAGCAACUGGAGUUGUUUAUUAUGCACAAAUCAAUAAGAAUGCUGUGUCAUGUUGGAAUAGCAAUCGAGAACUUAAGUCAACGAAUUUUAAGGAAGUCGUUCGUGAUGAUGUCAAACUGAUUUAUCCAAGUGAUUUGAAAGUUUCCGGUGACGAUCUUUAUGUGAUGUCAAAUCGAAUGAUUCGUCACAUUUACUCAAAACUUGAUACGAAUGACUUCAACUUCCGGAUUUUCAAAAUAUCAAUCAAGGAUGCAAGAUGCAGUGCAACUCAGACUAGACGACGAAAAUUCAGAAAUUGA